AUGGAUGACUUGUGUGUCAUAGCAAUAGACUUUGGGACAGCAUUUAGCGGAUAUGCCUUUAAUAUCAGUGCCAGAGGGGAAGAAAGUGACCCUCGCUUGAAAAGAUGGGGGAAAGAGUAUGGAUUAGAGACCCCAAAGACUCCAACCUGCAUUUUGUUUAAUGAAGAUAAAACAUUUCUUAGUUUUGGUUAUGAAGCCCAAAUGAAAUUCAAGGACAUGAGGGGAGAAGAAGCAAAGAAACAUUAUUUCUUUGAAGACUUUAAGAUGACUCUCUACAAGAAAAAACUCAGUGAUCUGAAGAUUAAAGAUGCCAGCGGGAAACCUUUGGAGGCACUAAAAGUUUUCUCAGAGUCCCUGAGAUUUCUGAAGGAUGACGCUCUAAAAACCAUCAGUUCCAUGACAAGGGUGAUGGCGUUCAAUCCCUCUUUCUUCACCUGGGUUCUCACUGUUCCUGCCAUCUGGGAUGAGUCAGAUAAACAGUUCAUGAUUGAAGCUGCAAAACAGGCAGGUAUAGUAACAGAAGGACGGGAGGAGAAUCUGCUUAUUGUUCCAGAGCCAGAAGCUGCUUUUAUCUGGUGUAUGAAGCUUCAACCAGACGAGUUCAUCUUAAAGAACCACAUCAAGUCACUGCAUCAGUCUCCAGGGACUCGGUACAUUGUUGUUGACUGUGGAGGAGGAGCUAUUGACAUGACUGUUCAUGAAGUCCAGCAUGGAGGAGCCCUGAAGGAGCUGCACAAGUUCUCUGGAAACAACCUAGGAGGACAAACUGUCAACAGAAAAUUUAAACAAUUUCUGAGAGAAAUAUUCCCUGAUGGAGUCUGGGAUGAAUUUCAACAAAACUAUCCCAGUUUAGCUCAGGGAAUCAUGUAUGAAUUUACCCAUCUCAAGCAAGCAGAUACAGGUAUUAAAUUCAGCCUCCCAUUAAACCUGAGAUUAUUGGCUGAAAAAAAGGCAGGAAGAGAAAACAUCAUUAAGUCAGGCCUCGGUGCUUUCUGUUAUGGUUAUUACAUCCACAUCAGAAGAGACAGACUGAUGUCUUUCUUUGAUGAAAGUCUGCAAGGCAUCACUCAGAUCCUGAUAGAAAUCUUUGACUCUGUUCUCCACAUUAAUUAUAUGCUGUUAGUGGGGGGGUUCGCUCAGAGCAAAAUACUGCAGCAGCACAUUAUUGAAUGGUUUGGACGUCAGUGUGAAAUUCUGUGUCCUUUCAGAGCCCAGGAAACGACUGUGCAUGGAGCUGUAGAGUUAGGUAUAAACUUACAGGUUAUGAAUAUUCAUAAAAGUUCCUAUGCUUAUCGAUUUCCUGUUAGUCAGAGGUUAGAUGAGAGAAGACGCAAGGAAGAAAACUAUUUUACAGCCAAAGGUAUAGUCAAGAAUGAAGAUGUUUUAAGGAAAGAAGGUGUGGGUGUUGGAUCAGAAGAAACCAGAGGGUUUCGAAGAUCUCCAGCUACAGCAGGUCAAGCAGACAUGCAAAUGACAUUCAAUCACUCAUCCAGAAAAAAUCCAGAUGAGUGGGGAGAGGAAAAGGAUGGCCCAUUAGACAGGACUACAAGUGAACUGAAACUAGAAACUGAAUUUGGCUCUACAGAGAUAAGUGCUUUAGGAAUCCAACUGAGGAGCCAUUUCUGUAAGAAAUCAGUCACUGUGGUUUUCCAGUCUUUCUGCAUGUGUUCCGCGGUGAAUGACAGUAGCACGUAA